CCGGGAGGGUUUCUGUUACCGUUUGAAGCACCGAAACAAAGUCCCCUCCUCUUCCGCCUCCUCGGGGUCUCUUUCGCCGUCGCCAAGAACCAACACAAGAGGAAGGAGACAUCUCCUCCCCGCCCACGAUGGUCAGCCAAGACGCCCUCAACCUUGCCGUCAGCCUCAUGACCUCCCACUUUGGCGAUCUUGUCGCCAAGGUGUGCGGUUGCCUCCUGCAGGGAGGAACCCUCUCGCUCCAAGAAAUCGUCCGCUGCACCGAGCUCUCCAACUCCCAGGUGAAGAAUGGCCUCCUCGUCCUCAUCCAGCACAACUGCGUCCAGGCAUUCUCCGUUCCCAAGCAAGCGGGGGCGGGAGGGGCGACCAAGUCGCUGACGCAGUACAUGGCGCUCUUUGACAACAUCCUCCACCGGAUGCGUUUCACCAAGUUCUUGGCCAUCGUCAGGGACGAUCUUGGCCCUCAGUGUGAAACUCUUCUUGAGGGUUUGUUGCAACAUGGUAGGCUGACUUUUGAUCAGCUUGUGGUACGAGCAACUUCAAAACAAUCGGAAGACAGUUCAAGUAUUCGGGAUGUUUUGCGAAAGAACUUGGAAAGGCUUGUACAUGGACAAUAUGUUGAACGUUGUCCAAGGCCUGAACCCUUCAUUGCACCUACUUCAGAAGAAGGAACUGCUUCGGCUAGAAGACGCAGUGCUAAGUCUAAGGAAGAAACAUAUUCUCUUGAGCAACAAGCUAUGAUAGCUGCAGCACUCAGCCAUGCUGAAAGAUUUUCUGUAAUUACAGAUAGUGGACGUGAGAGUUCAGAUGUAAAAGAUGCAGAUAAACAGGAUGUCUCAGUUGGUGAUAAGCGCAAGUUUGAGGUUUUAGAGUUGGAUGAAGAGGUUCAAGCUGCAAUAACUGAGACUGAGGUCCUUUGGCGGGCAAAUUUUCAGAAAUUUGUUCACUGUCUCGAGAAGAAGGCUUGUGUUGCAAACGUAAGAUCAAGGCUAGGUCUUGAUGCUGGUGUCGUGUUGGAAGCACUUGUAGAGUCAAGUGAUCAAGAAAAAGAUAAUUUUGUUAAAGCAUCAAUGGAUGGUAUUUUGGAAGCAGUGAGAGGAAAGCCUGGUGGUAUCUCUAUGACGUUGGAACACAUUAGGAUUGUCCUUGAUCAACUUGGUUGUUCUUCUUCCAUCGAGGAUAACAAUGUAUUCUACAAAAUGGAAGUGCAAUGCAUAAUUGAAUCUUGUCAGAAUGAUGAGGUGGAGUCUCUUGUGUUAUCAAGAUACGGAAAAGAGGCAUAUAGGAUAUUUAGAUUGUUAAUUAAAAAAGGUUCUCUAGUUGAGACGGAACAGAUCUCAGAUAUCACAUUUGUUGAAAAGAAAGUUGCCCAGGGGAUUUUAUACAAGCUUUGGAAUGAUGAUUACCUGUAUAUGCAGAAAGUUAUUUCGAUUGGUGCUGGACAGUUGCAACAUUUCUUGUGGAAAGUGGAAAAGCAUUCACUUUGGGAGCUUGUCCUAAAUCAUAUGUAUCAUGCUGCACUUAAUUUGAAUCAAAAGAUUGCUCAUAUAGUUGAACAGGAACAAGAGGUUCUACAGGCUAGGGAAAAACGUGAACAGCUGAGGAAAAGUAGGAUGAUACUGGAAUUGUCCCUUCUGAAAGUUGAUGAUGCUCUGAUGUUAUUCCACGACUUCAAACGUUAGGGCGUGUAGCUUUUGUCAUAUACGUAGCUUGAGUUUUUUUUUUUUAAUCAUAUUUGUAAAGGAGGUUUAUGACAACUUUGUUGUGGCAGGAAAUUGUGCUUAACCAGACCAACAGGGUCGUCGACCCUGGGAUACGUUGUUACAUCAUCAACUUUUGUUUCUGAAAAUGAUUUUUUCGAAUCA